CUUGCAUAUCUCUAUUACACAGUAUGUUUAUGCCUUGAUCUGAUGUGAUACACCUCAUCUAUUAAUCACUGGUUCCAUGUUAUGCAGCAUACUGAGGUUCCUUGACGGCGCAAGAGACACGCUGUAUACCUCAACGUUUGCCCCGCCACCCCUCAUCUAUCGCCGCCGUGUCGCGGAUUGUACCCGAUUGUAUAGCGCAUUGUGACAAUACCGACUAUCCUAUUAUUCUGAGUCGACUGCGUUGAUCUUCGUUGUGCGUUCCGGGGGUUAGAAGGAUAUACCCGUCGCCCUGUCCUCGUGGACAUAGCACGCGCGUGCGAGCUCCCUGUUAUCUACAAGCUAGGCAACACAUCGACUAGCAAACACAUCGCGAUUACUUACUACACUCAUACACUUACCAAAUACUCACCAUGGAAGAUGGAAUUAUGCAGCUUCAGCCAGGGCGCAGUGUAGGGUUCAUGACCCUCGGAUGCUCCCUACACGAAGUACUGACGACUAUCAAAGCCGAAGUCAAGGCCUUCCCACGAUUUCAGCUCUACCACGACGAGUUGCGACCUAUCUCAUCCCCCGUCCAGGUCGUUCUUCCAGACAACGGUCUGCGACUACAGUUCGACGGCCCUGACCAGCGGCUGCGCCUCAUCGAAGUGCUCGAUUUCGCAAAAGCCAAGUUGGUAUACAAGGACAUCGAGGUGUAUAAGCCUGGUGAAGUAGGCUUCUCAGGGGGCGUGUCAGGACCGAGGUUCCGGCAUGUUUACGACAAGCUUCUGGGACCGACGUAUGGCGGAGAGUACAUACCCCCGAAUUCAGAAGACCCAGAUGCCAGAGGUACCUACAACCUGUCGUAUCCGGGAAUAGCUUUCAACUUUUCGGUUCAGCACUCUGCGUACUCUCCGAAGAAGGACUUCAUCUCGCUUCUGUCCUCGUCGGCUACAGGCCCCGCGACUUCGAUGGCAGUGUUCAAUGGUGAAUCGUGGCAGAAAGCUCGUGGAACACUGUUCACAGCAACACCGCCAAAUCCGAGAUCGCUAGCCCUAGGCAAAGCAAAGGAUGGUGGUCCAGACGAGAUUGAAACGGUCAAAGUACACGGAGAAGGUAGGAUAGAGCUUGUCCGGCGGUCUAGUCCUCCGUUCUGGAUUACUCUUAGCGAAACAACACCACAGGACUUGAUCAUGGAGCUUGGCGCCCCCGACUCCAUCUAUCGUAAGAAUGAUCAUCGGCUAUCGAUACAUAAAGAUCGGAGGACGAGCGACGCAUCGGAUCUCUCGCCUGGUGGACUUACUCCAGACGAUGACUCAGACCACGGCUCGGUGAUCAGAAGCGAUAACGAAGAUGCAUGGGAGGAUGAUGACGAAGCCGCACUAGAAGCUCAGGAGCGAGAAGUUGCAGCGGCCGAGCACUUCUACAACUAUUACCACCACGGCUUCGACAUCUUGAUCUCACAGCCUACGCAGAUCUCCCCACCCUCUCCUACUGCAGAGAGACGGGAGUCGGAGCUGCACAGCCAAGGCGAGCUCAGUGCGCAACCUCUGAACCAUCUUACUGCAACAAAGAUCAUAUUCCACGGUAACGUGCCUGGUUCGUACCAGUUUAAUCGACAUAGACGAAGCAGAUGGACGCUCGAGCAUGUGCCCUCAGCCAUGUACCGUGAUCCUCUCAGUUCCGAAAUGGGCUUUGGAGACAUCUCAGGCAGAUUAAAGGAAGUCUUCAAGCCAUAUUACGAGAACGAAGAGCAGGAGAGGCUACAGCAACGUGGCAUGGCCCUGAACAGAGGCUGGGGUGACAGUCCAGGUAGCAGUUGUGAGCUACUUGGAGGAUGGGAGGAUAGCUCUGGGAAGAAGAGCAAGUUUGCGAAUGCUGGCAGUGUCUUGAUGGAGGGUGCUGCGGAUGUUGGAAAUGUAGAGCUGUUUGGCUUUCCGGGCAUGGUAUUCGAAGUAUUGAAGAACGGAGCCGCGAGCCCCGAACGCGUUAUACGUUAUGGACAUUUGGAGAAGCAGUUGAAUGAACAAAAUGGCGAGAAAGAAGGCAGUGCGCCGACAAAGAGUUUUACUCUGCAUGAUGGACCGCCAUACGCCAAUGGCCCGUUGCACAUUGGCCAUGCAUUGAAUAAGAUCACCAAGGACAUCAUUUGUAGGCACGAGGUUGGACAAGGGAAGAAGGUGUCGUACAUUCCUGGCUGGGAUUGCCAUGGUCUGCCUAUUGAGAUCAAAGCUCUGCAGGCGCAAAAGAAGGAUGCGGCGCAAGCGGACCCUGUAAGCGUGCGGGACGCGGCGCGCGAAUUGGCAACCCGGACAAUUGAAGAGCAGAAGAAGGGCUUCAAAGAGUGGGCUGUUAUGGGCGAUUGGGACAAUGCGUAUCAGACAAUGGAGCGGGGCUUCGAGAUCAGACAGCUGGAGGUCUUCAAGGCCAUGUUCGAGAAGGGUUUGAUCUACAGGCAGUUCAAACCUGUAUAUUGGAGCCCAAGCUCAAGGACGGCGCUCGCGGAAGCUGAAUUGGAAUAUGACGAGGGGCAUAAGAGCUUGGCUGCUUUUGUGCGGUAUCCUAUACACCUAUCGGAGACACUGAAGAACGGGGCGCUAAAGGAUGUUGAUGGCAAGGUCAGCGUAGUCAUCUGGACAACCACACCCUGGACGUUACCCGCGAACAAGGCAAUCGCGGUGCACAAGGACAUGCAGUACUGCGUAGUCAAGGACGCUGAGAAAGAUGGUGAGCUGAUCCUUGUUGCGGCUUCACGAGUAGCGGAAUACGAGAAAAUCCUUGAAAGGAAGCUCGAGAUCGUUGUAGCAGAUGUGCGCGGAUCAGACAUCGCCGAACAGGUGCAGUACGAGAAUCCAUUCCAGAAAGCAAACGGACUGCAGCCUAUAAUCCAUGCGGACUUUGUCACUGACUCCUCGGGUACUGGGCUGGUUCAUCUCGCUCCUGGACACGGUAUGGACGAUUACAACGUUUGCAUGUCGCUCAACGUUCCAGCUUUUGCGCCUAUAGAUGAUGCUGGUGCUUUUACAAAGGACGCUUUCCCGGAACAGCCCGAACUUCUAGAAGGACUGCCUGUCGCUGAUAUCAAGAAAUCGGGUAGCAAUGCUGUGUGCAACUACCUCCAGAAGCUCGACAUGCUCCGAGGCAAGCAGAAUUACCGCCACAAGUACCCCAUCGACUGGAGGACCAAGGAGCCUGUCAUCACGCGAGCUACUGAACAGUGGUUUGCGAACGUAGAGGGUAUCAAGGAUGCCUCGAUGAAAGCAAUUGCUAAUGUCAACUUCAUGCCUGCGACUGGUAGAAGUCGUCUUGAGAGCUUUAUACAGGGACGAAGCCAAUGGUGUAUCUCACGACAGCGCGCUUGGGGCGUCCCUAUCCCUGCUUUAUACAAGGUCGAGGGAGACACUCUGAAAGCGACUAUGGACUCUGAAACCAUCGACCAUGUCAUUGAAGUGAUCAAAGAACGUGGCAUCAACGCGUGGUGGACGGAUGCACAAGAUGAUCCAGCCUGGAAGCCGAAGCAUCUUACCGGAACGUACGUGCGUGGUAGAGAUACCAUGGAUGUCUGGUUUGAUAGCGGUACCAGUUGGAAGCUUCUUCCGGAGCAAAAGGACAAGCCUGUUGCCGAUGUGUACCUUGAAGGCACCGAUCAACAUCGCGGAUGGUUCCAGUCGUCACUUCUCACACACGUCGCUACCCAGUCUUACUCGACCGAGACUGUCAAAGCACCAUACAAGACUCUGAUCACUCACGGUUUCACGCUCGACUCCGAUGGUCGCAAGAUGAGCAAGUCUCUUGGCAACGUCAUCUCUCCAAUGCAAAUCAUGUCAGGCGAGCUCCUUCCACCAGUCAAGCGAAAGAAGCAAAAGGGCGUCAAGCAAGAUCCCGCAGCAAAGAACACGCCAACAUAUGAUGCGAUGGGUGCCGAUGCGCUUCGACUCUGGGCCGCAAGCAGUGACUACACGCGCGAUGUCACAAUUGGGCAGCCCGUCUUGAUGUCCGUAAACCAGGCCUUACAUAAGUAUCGCGUUACCUUCAAAUGGUUGCUAGGCAUCUUCUCUCUGCCAUCUUGCCCGCCGCCCUUCACCUCCUUCAACGACCUCACACCCAGUAUCACCGAAUUCAAAGAACUUACAGACCGCCUCGCAAUUCACCGACUUGUACAGGUCAGUGCAGAAGUGCACAACCACUUCGGGAAAUAUGAGUUCUUCAAGGGUGUCAACGCGAUCAACAAGUACAUCUCCAUGGAUCUGAGUGCUUUCUACUUCGAAACGCUCAAAGACCGCGUCUACACUAGCGAUAAACCCGAUUGUGAAACGCUCCAGCGUGUUUUGGGACUCAUUUUCUACGAACUUCUGCAGAUGCUUGCCCCAGUCUGUCCGCUGCUUGUAGAAGAGGUUUGGGAUCAUGUUCCUGCUGAGCUCAAAGAGAAGAGUAGUCACCCCGCACGCGCGGUUUGGUCGCCUCUUCCCACGCUCAAGGAGUCUGAAUCGGCUAGUCUGGAAUCCAUGAACGAGACUACAAGUACACUGGGAGCUGCUAUCAAAGUCGCCCAGGAACGUCUCCGCGCGGAUAAAAAGAUUGGUUCGAGUUUGGAAAGCGCAGCUACGGUCUAUCUACCAGCUUCCAAAGCCGAAAAGCUGCACGCGGAGUUCUCAGCGUGCUUGCAACCCUCCGCUCCCAAGGCCACGGACGUUGAAACUCAGCUUGCUGGCCUUUUCGUCAUUAGCGAGGUUAACCUUCGUACGCUGUCUGAUUCUUCUGCUCCUGCAAAUAACAUCUUUACGGCGGAGGAUCCCGACGCGAUAAAGCAGCAAUCGCAGUGGUAUGAGGAAGAAGUGCUUUCGGGCGACAGUGGGGUGCUGGGUGAGGCGAAGGUGCUCGUGCAUCCGCCUAGUAGAGAGAAAUGUCCGAGGUGUUGGCGCUUUGUCAAGGAGGAGAAGGAGGAUGUCUGUGGAAGGUGCGGGGAUGUUGUUUCGCAGCAGAGUGAUGCAUAAAUGCGCUUGUCAGGUUCUCCGAGUUGUAGCUGCAGAGCUACGUUGUAUAUUAUUGUACCAUCAUGAGCAUUACGGAAAGCCCGAGUGUACCAUCAAUUGCAUAUACAAUAUGAAAUGGACGCUGUGUACAUAAGUUGAAAAGAAGCAUAACAGAGGUAUGCAUGCUGUAUCACU